AUGGGAAUGGUGGCUUGUAUUCCAUUGAGCUGGUUGCGCUGCGAGGGACAGGAGAUCGUGGAGAUCGCGGAGGUCGCGAUAGCAAAUAUAGCGGCCCCUACCGGCAAGCGCCCCAAUUUCCUCAUCAUCGUGGCAGAUGACUUGGGGUUUUCAGACGUGGGCUGCUUCGGCAGCGAGAUCAGGACGCCUAACAUCGAUAAGCUCGCCAGCCAAGGCGUCCGAUGCACCGGCUUCCACGCCGCGGCCGCAUGCUCGGCUAUGAUCAUGACUGGCACCGACCACCAUAUCGCGGGCCUGGGAAACUUGAUCGAGUUCACCAACUACACCGGCUGGUUGCGUUUCGACGGGGAGCCCCUUACCGAGAGUGGGAAGCCUUACGACACGAAGCCGCAACGGGGCAUGCCGGGGUACGAAGGUUACCUCAACGAGCACGUUGUCACUCUCGCCGAGUGCCUACGGGACGGCGGGUACCGCACUAUGAUGGCCGGGAAGUGCCAUCUCGGCCUCAAGCCCGAGCGCUCGCCGCACUCUCGGGGCUUUGACCGGUCCUUCGCGAUGCUUCCGGGCAGUGCCAAUCACUAUAACUAUCGGCCUGAGGGAGAAAUCAAGAAUGGCACACCCCAAAUUCUCGACACCAGCCUGAUCUGCCUUCACAGCGAGGAUGGCGAGUACAUCCCGCUUGACGAGCUGCCAAAAGACUUUUACUCGUCCAACACCUACGGCGACAAGCUGAUCGAAUACCUAUCCGAGUGGAAAGAGGGCAACAAAAAGGAAGGACAAGAAGACCGAGACCAGCCCUUCUUUGCCUACCUCCCCUUCUCUGCGCCCCACUGGCCCUUGCAGGCCCCCAAGGAGUACAUCGACCAUUACCGUGGCGUCUACGACAAGGGUCCCGAGGUGCUCCGGCAGAAGCGGCUGGCUAAGCUGGUGGAGUUGGGGCUCAUCGACAAGGACACGGAGCCACACCCGGUGGUAGACGACGGACGCUCCGAAGCGUGGGAGGAGUUCAGCGACUUUGAGCGCAAGAUGUCGAGCCGCGCCAUGGAGGCCUUCGCCGGCAUGGUGGAGGCCAUUGACGUCAACGUCGGACGCGUCCUGGACCAUCUCAAGUGCAUUGGCGAGCUGGACAGCACCUUUAUCAUGUUCCUGUCGGACAAUGGCGCCGAGGGUGCCGCGUACGAGGCGUACCCACUAGUCAGGGACUCGAUGAUGGGGCAUAUCCGCAAGUACUAUAACAAUUCUCUCGAGAACAUCGGUGCGGCCGACUCCUUUGUGUGGUACGGCCCACGCUGGGCGCAGGCAUCGACCGCGCCGUCGAGGCUGUACAAGAUGUUCACCACCGAAGGCGGCAUAAGGGUGCCCUGUAUCCUUAAAGGACCCGGGUGCACUAGCAGCACAGACGGUGCCAUCAGGCACGAGUUUGCCACCGUCAUGGACAUCGCGCCGACACUGCUCGACAUGGCAGGAGUGAAGCACCCCGCGCCGACAUACCAAGGCCGCCAGGUCGCGCCUAUGCGCGGCAAGAGCAUGAGUUCGUGGCUCCGCGGCGACGCACCAUCUACGCACCCUCCAGACUUUGUGUACGGCUGGGAGUUCUGCGGACGAGCAGCCAUUCGCCGAGCACAAUGGAAAGCGGUCUUCAUCCCCGCGCCCAAGGGCCCGCAUAAGUGGCAGCUGUACGACCUGAGCAAGGACGCCGGCGAGAUCCACGACCUAGCCGAGUCAUAUCCCAAAAUUCUCGAGGAGCUGCUGGUGCACUGGGAUAAGUAUGUCGAAGAGGUCGGCAUCAUCCCGCUGCACCCGGAGCUCGGCGCCUAUCUCGAGGCUACUGAGGACCAGAUGGAGGAGAACGCUUGGAUCGAGUACGAAUACUGGAGACCUGGCGGUCUUGAGGAACCUGGAAAGUUCUUCCGUAACCCCCAGCGUUUCCCUGAUGGUAUCGCGCAAGCCUCAGUUGUUGGCGUAGUUGCAUAG